AUGGCUAAAGUAGAUUACUCGCUCUACCUUGUCACCGACUCCACUCCCGCAAUUCUCGGAGAUAGAGAUCUGGUCGAGGUGGUGGAAGCAGCACUUGACGGGGGAGUGACUCUGGUUCAAUACCGAGACAAGGUCAGCGACACAGGGCUCCUGAUAGUCACUGCCCGGAAACUGCAUGCCGUAACCAAGAAGCACAACAUUCCUCUGCUGAUCAAUGACCGAGUGGAUGUGGCUCUGGCCGUUGGCUGUGAGGGUGUCCACAUCGGUCAAGAUGAUCUAGAUCUCUCAACUGCCCGCAAGCUGCUCGGCAAAGACGCAAUCAUCGGUGUGACAGUAUCCACGGUAGAACAAGCUCUCACAGCUUGCAAAAACGGCGCAGAUUACCUCGGUGUAGGCACAAUGUUUGCAACCGGAACUAAAGCAAACACCAAAGAAAUCAUCGGCACAGCAGGCACGAGGGAAAUCUUAUCUGCCAUCUCAGCAGUGGGUAAAAACGUCAAAACCGUGUCAAUAGGCGGCAUCAACGCUUCCACUGUCCAACGCGUCCUCUUCCAGUCCUCAGCACCUGCCAAAAACCUCGACGGAGUUGCGGUUGUGAGCGCUAUCAUUGCAGCCAAGGAUCCGAAGAAGGCUGCUGCAGAGAUUUUGGAGAUGGUGAGGACGCCGGCGCCAUUUGCUGCAGCUUCGUUGGCCAAUGUCCAGAAGAAAGUGGAUGUGGCAGCGUUGGUUGAGCAAGUCCCAGGAGUCAUCAAAGCGGUAGCCGAGAAAACGCCUCUCUCGCAUAACAUGACGAACCUCGUAGUACAGAACUUCGCAGCCAACGUGGCCCUUGCAGCCGGUGGCUCUCCCAUCAUGGCCAACUACGGAGAAGAAGCUGCUGAUCUCGCAAAGUUGGGCGGUGCUCUUGUCGUCAACAUGGGCACCGUGACGCCUGAUGGGAUUCUGAAUUAUUGCAAGGCGCUGAAGGCUUACAAUCUUGAAGGUGGGCCUGUGGUUUUUGAUCCUGUCGGAGGUGGUGCGACUGCUGUCAGGAGGGAUGCUGUCAAGAAAUUGAUGGCUGCUGGAUACUUCGAUGUGAUCAAAGGCAACGAGGGAGAGAUCAAGACGGCUCUCGGCGCAGUGGUGCAGCAGAGAGGUGUGGAUAGCGGUGCUAGCACCUCUACAGACAUGGAGAAAGCCAUACUCGUUCGCGAUCUUGCUGCAAGAGAACGCAAUGUUGUCGUGAUGACUGGCGCUACAGACUUCAUCAGUGAUGGCGAGCGAACAUUCGCCGUAUCCAAUGGUCAUGAGCUGCUCGGCAAGAUCACAGGAAGUGGGUGCGUCUUGGGCACUAUUAUCUCGGUCAUGUUGGCCGUUAGUCGAGGGGACAAGCUUCUGGCUGCCUUGGCUGGACUCCUACAAUAUGAGAUUGCUGCUGAAAUUGCGGCUAGGAGGGCGGAUGUCAAAGGUCCUGGCACCUUCGUGCCUGCGCUUAUUGAUGAGCUGUAUAAUUUGCACAAGGUCACUAGCAACGGUGAUAUGAAGUGGCUGGAGGGUGCGAAGGUUGAAGCUGUUGAAUUCAGAUGA